UCAGCGAUGACGGUGGGAAGUCUGCGACGUACUGGUCCCCGGAAGAGCAAAUCCAACUGGUGAGAUGCAAGCGGGAGCAAGAGAUGCACCUCGCCGGUCUGCGCCACAAUUACAGGCGGAUGCGGACCAAGGAGUGGAAGUGGGAAGAUAUUGCCAAGCGCAUGGCGAACGCGGGGAGGCCGAAAGACGCGGACGACUGCAUGAAGAAGUGGGACAAUAUCUUCCAAAACUACAAGAAGAUACAGAGGUUUCAGAAUUCGAGUGGCCGACCAGAUUUCUUCCGGCUAUCGAAUGAAGAAAGGAAGGAGUACAACUUCAAGUUCCGGAUGGAGAGGGCGCUAUACAACGAGAUCCACAUAGGCAUGGUUGGCAACCACACAAUUUUCCCUCUCAACAUCGCCGACGCUGGAAGUCCGGACGGGGUGCAUCUGCCUAGGCGAGGAGCGGGUGCUGGGGAGUCUGUUGGUAGUGAGGGCGCUGGUGAAGGCCUCCCUGAAGAACGUUCUACUACGAGGGAUUCCGACAGCAACGCUGCCAGCGGGGCUGGAGGCGAGGACAGAUCAUCUGUCUACCACGUGCACGUCGUUGUCGUCACGCCACAGCCGCACGGGAGACCUUUUUCACGGGAGACAUAUUUUUCGCCAGGUCGGCCACACUUCCCGCUCGUCCGAUCACACUGCCAAGCUCGCCUUCAAAGGUCGCCACAAAACACGUCUACGCAAGGGAACACUCGUGGGAAGAAGCGCGACGUGGUCAUCGACGAUAGUCAAGAGCAGGGAAGAGGGCGGCGACAAGCCCCGAAAGCGAAGAGGGUGCGUACGGAAGAUGCGUUGCCAAGGGUUCGUGGUCGUGGAGCGCAAGGUUGGGCGGGGGAAGUGGAAGGGGACUGUGACGAUGAGUUCACGGCGGAGGAGGAGCAGGCGGAGGCGACAACGUCUGAAGUACGCGAGAGCGAUCGACAGCGCUCUUCUGAUAGCACCGCUUCGAAGAGGAUGCAAACCCCUCCACACGAGGCGCAGCAACUGCGUGGCCGUGAAACGUGGACAGAGAAGGCUCCCGUCGUCGAUCUUGGCGGCGAUGAUGACGAGCCCUUGGAGAGACGCCGCAUUCGCAUUCGUACGACGGCGACCCCACCGCCGGAGGUGGUCGUGCGGGUUGCUACAAACAAUAGGCCAGUUUCGGGCAGGCUGCCCGCCACGCCGUCUCAGCCACAUCAGCGUAACGACGCUGGUGAUGGAGGGUCCGUCCAACGUGUUGGCGGGGGGGAAGUCGUGGCAGACGCUCGCACAGUUGGUGCCCAGGUGGCAGGUGUCGUGGGGGCGGUUGGUUCAGGCAAUGUGGGCACCGUAGCGACUGGGAGGGAGGACGCAGAAGUUGUGGCGACGGCGAGAGAGGAGGCGCGUGGCAAGAGGAAAGUCGAGGGGGAGGCAGGCGAGGCCGGUUCAAGUCGGCCACGAAGGAGUGUCAUGACAAAAGACCUCAUUGAUUGUGUUGUCCUUUGGGUCGAUGACAAAGCUUUCUGGACGACGGGGGAAGGGCGAAGACUAUACAACAUCGUACACGAAACGAAAGACUACUUCGUCGCCAUCGCCAGCGGACUUCCAGCGCCUGACGUCCCUCGGAGCGUCGUUCUGCCCAAAGCCAGCACGCGCGUGGCCAGGAUCGUCGACCAAUCGCAGCUGCAGCAAGCGAUCUCCCGUGCGGCGGCAGUGGAGAACGUUGCUCUGUGCAUCUUGCACGGAUGGGUAUUCAAGUCCGGAAAUCGGCCAAGGGGAUACCAUGUGGCUUUCCAGUACUCGCUGGAAUCCUUUGCGACGGACAUUGCGCGUGCCAUGUGGUACGGCGAGGAGUGGUGCGAGGUUGUCAGUCCGGCGAUUUGCGCGCACACGAUAGAUUUGUCCAUGGACCUACCGCUUUGGUUCGCCGGCGCCAACAUCGAGGACAGACCAGAGGACGACGACAUGGCGGCGCAUCAGGAGUCCACCGUCAUCCGCGUCGCGUAUGCAUUCCGCGUGGCCGUGCAAAUGGGGGCGCUCAUCGACGGCGAGUUCAUCUCGCAUGAUCGUCUUUCUCGGGUGGCUGAUUGCUUCAGGCUGUUGUUGGCGGCGUGCAUGUGGAUAAUGCGCAUGGCGGGAGACGAUCCGCGCAGCCACUACGAGGCUUUCAACUUCGUGGACCUCGUGGCGAAGCCCACACUCGUCGCGGCCAUGCAUCGCUCCUUCGAUCAUCGACGAUCCAUCGUCCGCGCCGCGAAAGUCGUCACAGACAGGCUAGGGAAGGCGACCGCUACGUUCGGACAGUACCCCAACUACAUACCUCAAUGGGCGCCCUGCGGCAUUGCUUUCAGGCACGACGCGAGCAUAACGGGGACGGAGGAUGCAAAGAAGCUAGAUAGGUUGGGUUUGGGCCCCCCUGAUGAUGACAACAACGACGAUGGGAAAGAUGACGCGUAGGG